AUGCUAAGAAAGUGGAAGGAGUCGCGUGGAUCUGGGGCGAGUUAUCAAAGCUUAGCUGAGGGGCUAGAUAACGAGGUUUUUAAAAGGCAUGACUUGGUAGAGAGAUACUGUAACGACAAAGGUAAUUAACUCAAACUAAAAUAACGACCAUGCUUUUUUAAAUUCUUCCUCAGCCAUUCUUGAUCGCUGAUGCGAAACCAAAGUGAACAUAAGAGGCGAAUCAAGCUCAAUCAUCAGCCGCUAAUCAUGAAAAUGAGCCCGCGCUCUGCGGAUCUUAGGAAACAGCAGAAAUCGAGCCUCCCGUCUUCCGAGUUCGGCUCGGCGUUGUUUCCUUCCCUAUGAGAGACGAUUUUCUUCGGGAAAAGGGGUGCGAGGUUAAAUCCCAAGCAGGGUCUGCCCGCCUUGUUUUUAAGUAGGUCAGUCUGCGUCCAAACAGACAGCGGUUGCAGGUCCGUCUAUCGGGUAUGUGUAAUUUGCUAAAUUGUGGCCAAUCACGUGCCAAACUCUCGUCCCAAAUAAAUGAAACCAUAAAAAACUCCCGGUGCCACUCCUCGAAAGCUAAUACUUAGCUAGGGACGCGAUUUCAGUCGAGAGAAAAAAGGCUAAUGCCGAGAUCCCAUAUACAGUUCUGGUCCUUUUAUAGUCCCAUCACAGGCAGACCACACUACAUGUUCAUGGUUAAUAAUUAUUGACAUGAGACGAACAAAAUCUUUGAGGGUUAUGAAUAAAGUUCUGAAAAUUACAUAUCUAAAUUAAAUCUCGGUCUGAAUAUCUCAAGAAUGUUCAACGAAAUAUGAAUCAACACAUUUGUAAUAUUUUUUAACCAUCAUGGGCCGUUUAAGGCGUCCUUUUACGAAACUGCUCUUCUCUUAACGGUCUCUGGCAUAGGCAGUUUCACACAAAGACCCUUCAAACGGCCCAUGAAGGCGAAAAAUACCAAAAAUGAGAUAAUUAACAUCUCACUUAACUUUAUUGAGAUAUUCAAAUCGAGAUGUAAUUUAAACAUGCAAUUUUCAGAGCUUUAUUCAUAAACCACAGAUUUUGUUCGUCUCACGUCAACAAUCAUCAACCACGAAAACAGUGUGUUCAGCCUGUGGUUCCCUGAAGGUAUCUCUCCCAAGCCCCAGAAAACAGCUAGCACAAUGAACCGGCCAAAGCUUGAUCGAAAUCUCGAUAGAACCGAAACCUUUCCAUGUGGAGUCCAACUGGCUACGCUUACUUUCAUUAUGGAGUAAUUGGAAGAUAUUCUUCCACUUUUCAAUUUUCUCUCCAUAGUCGCUGAGAUAGCUCAAGAUGGAAUCGCCAGAUUAGCAAUAGGACUAAAAGACGAUACCAAUCUUCAGGAAGGUAACGUAUUACCUUCGUAAAUGUACAAGAAGUCCAGGGAAAUUAAGAGGACAUGCUAUAUGUUGUUAACCCUUUACACUAUAUCAUCAGUAUUUGUAUUUUCCAUACUCUUACUUAUAAAAUUCUUUGCUGCUCACAAGGAGCAGCUUCUCAGGUUGACGAUCAUUUCCAUAAUUCCCUUGAUCGUAAUGAAUGAUUCAGAGCAGUAUUGCUGUAAGGAGAAAUUGGAUGCUGGUCACUCUGAGGGUUUAAAAGGUUGUCACUAAUCUUUUUAUUUGUCAUUAGCUGAAGCUUCAAUCACGAGAAGAGUUUUUCCUUCAGUGUGGAUUCUACCUGGUAAACCAUUUCACGUGACUCACAGACGAGGCAGAGAAUUACAAAAGGUAUACGAUUUUUUCGUCGACUUAAGACAGAACGUUUCAAGCUCCACAGUCAUUGGCUUGUACAUUAAAGGUCCUCCCAGUUGUGGAAAGACACAACUAGCAAGACAGGUUGGAGAAGAGUUUAUGCAAAACAAUGUACCUGGGAGAUGUUUCGAAAAUCUGCUUCGUGUCGUCGCUACGUUGUAAGCGAAUAGCCCUGAGUCAAUGUUACAAUCAUUCAAAGAAUUACACGAGAAGUUAGAAAUCUCUAACGAACGCGAAUAUCAAGGAGGUGUCCGCGAGCAGAUCAAGAGUUACGUGGAAGGUUUUAAGAACUACCUUCGUAGAACAAAAUCUGUCUGGCUUUUGAUCGUUGAUAACCUAACAGUCAGUGAUCAAAUGAGAGAAUUCUGGCCAUCUCCGGGACAGGAAAGCUCAUGGGGGGAGGGAACAGUCUUGGUUACGACCCAGGAUUCUGAACUCGCCCCCAGAUCCCACGCACAUGCCAGGGUAAUCUCGCUGGAUUCAGGGAUGGAAGAGGAAGACGCUAUGGAAUUGUUACGAGUGAUAUCUAAAAUGGAUGUGGAUGAAGAUGCUAAAAAAGUCGCUAGCGAUCUUGGCUAUUUUCCACUGUCUCUAGCUUGUGCAGCAGUUUAUGUCAGGCAAAUGAGUAUGGAUCGCCCGGUUUCAAAGUUUUCUUGGAAAAACUAUCUGUCGAACCUCCAAGAGUACUUCGCAUAUCUUGAUCAUUCUGAUUUCACGCAUCACAAUCCAUGUUAUCCGCAGUCAAAGAUACCAGCUGUAGAGUUCGCAGCCAUACGGAUGGCCGAGAACAGCGAAGUUCUCCGGGCUGCCUUCGUGUCCUUUCGUACUGCUCCUUACGACCCGUUCCGUUGGACACUGUGUCUGAUUACGUCUUGCGCGAGGCUAAAGCCAGUGGUAACGUCAACAUCAGAGUGCCUGACGACGUCAAGCUAA